UGAAGAACCUGUGUUUGUGCAGCAGGAAGCAGAAAGGGACGAAGAAGAAGUCGUGGCGACAUAUUUUGUCGACAUGGAUACUGAAGACAUUAAUCCUAAAUUGCAAAACGGGGGUGUUGAAGUUGAGAUAUUUCACGAUUUUCCUGGUUCGCUGCAUCCUUCACAAAAACAACCGGAGCUACCUGAAGAGCAUGAUCAAGAGAUGAGACAUGUCAAAAUUUUGGAAACGGCUUCUAAGACCUCCGGUGAACUACCAAUUGUUCAACAAGAACAGCAAGCCGAUCAAGAUAAACACAAAAGUUCGACGAUUGAGGAAUUGUCAACAAAAAUCGAAAAGAUUAUUCAACAGUGCUGUAAGGUUUUGGGUGACAAUCCGGAGAUGCUGGAUAAGGUGGACUCGGCAAUGAACCAUAUCUUGGAGAAUACCCCAAUGUAUGUUGAGUUCGCUUUGAACAUGCUAAAUUCGGUGAAGAAUCAAAAUCAAAAUACGGGUUCCAGCUCAUCAAAUGAAGACAACCCACAACAAGAUCGUAUUUAUAAUCCUUCUGACAUGCCAGGCAGUUUUCCGAACAAUGCGCCCUUGUUCCAAUUUAGAUCGUGCCCAUCCUCGUCUCGUUAUUCUUCUCGACCUACAAGGCUUCCGCCUUUUCCUGGUAGUUUUCCAUCAACAAACAAUGAUCUUGACUCUGAGAAUUACUCUUCUGAAUUGUCUGAGCUUCAGGAUAUGG